UGGUCACUGUCAAUCAUGUCUGUUGUUUCCUGCCGCAGUUUGUGGCUGGAACUCUGGAAGCAACUUCAGGGGAUUCAGCAGCUGGUGCUAUGGAGGGUGUGUUGCAUAAAUGGACCAACUAUCUGAGUGGUUGGCAACCACGGUACUUUGUGUUGGAUGGCAGCGUGUUCUCCUACUACGACUCGCAGGAAGAUGUUGGCAAAGGCAGUAAAGGAAGCAUCAAAAUGGCCGUGUGCGAAAUAAAAGUGCAUGUAACGGAUAACACAAGGAUGGACCUGAUUAUCCCAGGAGAGCAAUACUUCUACCUCAAGGCUGUGAAUGCAGCAGAAAGACAGAAAUGGUUGGUGGCACUUGGUAGUGCCAAAGCCUGCCUGGCAGACAGCAAGACCAAGAAGGAGCGAGAAAUCAGUGAAAAUGAGGAUUCUUUGAAAUUCAAAAUGUCUGAACUUCGACUGUACUGUGAUCUACUGAUGCAGCAGGUCCAUAAGAUCCAGGAAUCUGCACAGCCAGUCCAGACUGGAUCCACUCCAGACCUUGAGAAAAUGAACGAGGCUUCUUCUUUGCUUAAAGCCACAUGCAAUACCUUUAUAAGUACCCUAGAGGACUGUAUGAAAAUAGCAAGUGUGAGGAUAUCCCCAGAGUUACUUUCACCCCCUGAAUCCCCUGCUGCUCAUGUCACUUCCACACCUCCUCGCAGGGUUAAACGUUCGGUAAGCCACAGUGGUGUUGUUGCACCUGACAGGAGUGCAGAAAUGAACAGCCCAGCACAACCUCAGAAGGGUUCCAUUACAGUAAUGAGAAAUCUGGAGGAAAUGGCUGCAUAUCGUGCCAGUAGGUGGACGAGACACCCUGUGGAGGUCAAGAGCCCAGAUAAUAGUUACACUGCGCAGCCAGCAAAUUUACUGCAGCCUUCCCAAAAUGCCCAGGAUGAAUCUACAAGUAGUGCCAAUGGUGAAUAAUGUUGAGGAAACGCUUAUUUCUCCACCACCCCACAAUCUGUCGAGCGAUACAGAAGGAGCCAUUUGUGACAUGGGCUUAACCUAAACAUGGAAAUGGAGGAAACAAAGGUCCUUCAACUUGGUCACUGGGGGGUGGGGGCGUGGGGAAUAAGUCAGAACCUGAGAUCAACUCCUGGAAUAUCAAGAAUGGAAUACUGCGCACACCACUGGUAACUUCGUAAUAUUAGUGUUGAGGUUUCAAAGGACACAUUUGUUCAAAAUGAUAUAUAACAAAUGUUCUCAAACUUCCAUAUCUACUAGUAGUUGCCUAUGUACCCUGCCAGUAUACACAUUAAUAUUUUAAUUCUUUUGAUGCCCAAGCAUUGUACAGAUGUAAAUGUAUGAAACCUAAAUACUGGCUUAAUAGACAGUUAUGUGACCAAGGUUUCCUAUUCAAGGGUAGGCACGUACUGAAUGUGUGUGUUCAUUACCAUCAAUUAUUAUAUUGUGAUUUGCCAUCUUUUUUAUUUAAUUCCAGGCUUUAUUAAUUCCAGUUUUUUUUCUCUAAUGUAUGGGCAGGGCAGAAAUAGUAGGGAAGCUACUGCAUUUUAUUCCCCCUACCCACUUUCCCCACCUCUUGUGCAAGAAGCAAAACUACUUUCAUAAGUAUUAUGAUACUUCCAGUAAAUGUUCAGUAGGGGUACCCACAGUUGCCUCAUUUGCCAUUAAAGGUAGACUUGUUCAAAGAAAAACACUGCUGAUUUGUGUUUACAAUGGGCACUGCUCUUAAAUCUAAAUUGCCUGAAUUACUCAGUUCAGAGCUAGUAUCACAUCAUGUCACCAAAAAAAGGCAGUCUGUGAUUACAUGGUUCUUUUGAGACAACCUCCACCAAAUAGCCCUGCUGCUUAUGUGCCAUGAGUCAUCUGCACCUCUGCUCCAAAAUCAGAGCCUGUAUCAGAUGUACUCUCUUUCUAAAAGGCAAAUUUAACUUUUUAAAGAAAAAAUAAUUUUGAUACAGUAAAUGGUGGUUUAAAAAGUAGUUUCAAAUCAAUCCUGAUUGAGGCAUAUUAUCUAAUUUGUUUCCAAGUUUACUUUUUGUCCAGUUAAAGGCAGAGAAUUGUUUAAUCCCCCAGAGGUGAGUCUAGUCAUUGUUUUAGGAUCCUUGUUUACUCCACUUGAAACCAGGUUCUGUGUAACUUGAAGCUGCUCCCCUAAUAAUAAUUAUUAUUACUGUUCCCUUACAUUGUUUUUAGUUGGAAAUAGAGUACUAGUAAGUUGAGAAAUGUCAAUAAAUUGUCCACAGUAUUUAUAUUUAUGAAAACCUGUAUAUAAAAGUAUUCCAAUAUGGAAUCCAUAUUGCCCAGUGUAGAUUUUAAAAACAAGAUUAAGGGCCAGUUAUUGUCAUUUUAUUUAGCUUUUAUCAGGAAAACACCAGUGUUGCAUUCACUUAACUGUAUCCAGGACUGCAAGUUCCAUUGAUAUUUGGGGUGCAUCUGUCCACAUCCAAUGGGGUUACUUUUGCUGGGGUAAGAAUGUCACUUUCAUUGUUGUCCCUGAACUAUCGGUACUUUAACCUUUAUUCAACAAGUCAAUUAAACUGCUCAAGUUCUCCAUGAGGUACAAAAGUAUGAAUAUCAGGGUUUUUUUUUGUUAUUGUUGAUCUGCCUUUGUUAUUAUGGGAAUAUUUAUUGAAUAUGGACUUGAGAUUGCAAGUUCAUUUAAGAGUAAUGUACACAGUAAUGGUGACCGAACUAUAAUUAAAACCAAACAAAUCAAAAUGGUUUAGGCUGAAGUAUCCAGCGUGUUCUUGUGUUGUAUUUAGAAAAUGCUGCAUGCUUUUCCUGCAUUUUUAAAUAUGAAUAUAUGUGCAUAUUUGUACCUUGUCAAGUCUGAAUGUGCUUUGUAUUCCUACUGUUCAGACUGAGCAAUUGAAGAUUGAGGAAGUAGAGUGAAGCAAAAUAUGGAGAUGAGAUUCAGGAAAAUUAACAACUGGAAUUGCAAUUAUUAACUCUCAGCCAUUUAAAAACCAAUAUUGUGGGACAUUUCUGUGGCACAAUAUUGAAAGAAGUUUCUUGAAGGAAAAAGUGGCCAAUAAUAAAAACAAAACUAUUAAAUCGUGUCUUGGCCUUCUCUGCUCCAGUGGAAGUAGUUCCAGUAUCUUGAGUGUAAAAUAUCUGUUUAUCUUAACAGUUCUAUGUAUGGGCUGGUCAAGCACAAAUAGAGUUAGCUAUCAUCAUGAUGUAGCCUCUUAUGCAAAAGAUCAAUUUAUCCUUGUGGAGAUUCUUUUUAUUUAAAAGUACGACAAUCUUCAGAGUUGCAGUAUCCCUUUUUUGAUCUUGAAGCAUAUGAGAUUGGCAUUUAAUUAAACAGAUGGGGUGUAGAGGAGAAUAAAAGUGCAUCUGGGAACUCUGCUGUACUAUUUAAUCUGUUGCUCUUUUCCAAAUCUGUUAAAAUGCAAUGAGCCAAAUAGAUUCCCCAUUGAUACGAAGGGUUUUAUCACCGAUGUGUUAUCACCUUGUAGUUUUAAGCUGAAUCCUAUGUGUGAUCUUAAGAACAACAAUCAAAAUAGGAGCAGUGGACCUUGUGGUCGUUCAAAGCUGGUCCAAAAUUCCAUAAGAUCAUGGCUGAUCAUGUAGAUGAACUUAAUUUUUCUAUUGAACUAUACCAGUAUUAUCAACACCACAUCCUUUCUAAAUUAUCUUCAAGUACCAGAAGGAUAAAACUACUCCAAAAUUAGCUUUAAAAAUGAAUCAAAUGCUGGCUGAAGAUUUGGCUUUGUUCCAAUUGUGUCAACAGAAUGCACUUUCAUUUCCAAACCUAUUUAGAUGCAUUGGAAAGUCUUUGUCCCAAGCUAACACUGAAGGUUUAAUGCAUCCUCAGGAGUCUGACAAAUAUAAUUAGAAUUGCACAAAAAUAGGAGAGAGAUGAUGCUCUCAAAUAUGUCUAUUUAUCACUUCACAUGCUCAAAAAAGCAAAUGUAUAAUUAAUUGACAAUAGUGAGAUUUGACUUUGUGAAACUGUUGUUCAAAUCCCCUCAGUAAAAAAGAUGAGUCAUUUUUUUUCUUUAAAAAAAACAUAUAUGGCAAAGAUUUAAUUGAUGUGUAUAAAAUUGAGAACCAGAUAGGUUAAUAAAUGGGGGCAUAAAAUUAAGGUAAUUGAUUGUAUAAGGAUAAAGGGAUAUUGAGGAAUUGUUUUACAGCCAGUGACUAGUGAGGGGCUGGAACUCACUGCUAAGAAGGGUAAUAGUCUGAAUGACUGUUAUGCUAUGAACCAUGAAGCAACAAACCAAGAGAUGGGAAGUGGGAUAAGGCUGAAUAGCUCUUUUCUGUCUAGGCUGGAUAUAAUGGGACAAAUGGCUGUUUUCUGUGCGGUAACUUGCUGUAUGGUUCCACUGUGUCACGUUCCUUAUGAUACUUUUUGUGAGGAAAGGAAUAUGGUGACGUAGACGGGUACAAAUUAGUGUUUUUUUAAAACAAAAAAAGAUUUUUGAAGGGAAGUGAAUGAAGUGGCAAGGCAAAGAGUUGGGGAAAGUUGAAGGGGUUAUUAGUCAAGAGUUUUGAACAUAAUUUUAAAUUGAUGGGCAGUUCAGAUUAAGAAGUAUCACUCGCAACCAACUGUGCUCCAGGAUUCCACAAAAAAAAAACAGAUAUUGUGUCUUUUAAGAAGUCUGUCACGCUCCCUGGGUUAAGAAGAGGUUUUUGUUGGAAUCUAUUUGGUUUUUUGUGUGCCUAGACUAGUUUCUUUCUGUUGACUUUUUUAGAAAUUGCACAGCACUGCCUAGCUUUAGUUAAAUGAAGGUAACUAUAGUUGAAUGAAAAUGUAGUUGCACUUUUUGUGAUAUUGAAAAGCCAUACUCAAGUGAUUGAGAACACACAAAAAUACGGUUCCUCCAUUCUCUGUGGUGAUAUUACAAUGUUAUAUUAAGCUGUGAUAACUUUUUUUUAUAUAUUGCUCUGUUCUAAUGAGUCAAAAUAGGUUAAGUUGUAAUGCUUUACUUUUGCCAAUUGGGCCUAAUUUUAUCUUUUUGAAAGUAGUUAUUACUAAAAAUAUCUUUUGUACAGUUUUUGUUUGAAUUAGGCUGUUGGUGCUGGCAGAGAGAACACUUUCUAUUUUGACAGCCAGUAUCCAUCUCGAGCACUGCCAAGGCAGGCAUAGCAUGAUUAAAACUAGAGCAAAGUUCCCUUUUACUCUGCUCUAAAUAAAUGUGCCUCAGCUGCAACCUGUAAUAAACAUCCCCGAUUGAAUAAGUGUGAAAUUUUCCACACUAGCCAAUUUUUGAGUGAGAUCCCCAGUUCUUACAGAAAUUGGGUAACUGUUUUAUCUAUCUUGAGAUUCUGGAUUGUGAUAGACCAAUUUACUAUAGGAGCCUUUGCAACUGACAAUGAGAGAAAUUUUCUGCCCAUUGGUUUGGACAGAUUGGAACACUGAAAGCUCAGUGUCACUUAUGAACACUGACUUAAUACAAAAUGCUGGGAUAGAGAAUUUAUUUUUCUUCAGUUACACUGCAUUAAGACUGCUAUUUCUAUAGCACAUUUUUAUAUUCCUUUCAGGUGGUCCUGAAAGAGAAAUAUUGUCAAAUGUAACAAAACAAUCUAUAAAAUGGCACAACCUAAAACUGUGCAGUAUUUUGUAGAAAGUUUUCUUAAAGCCAAUGAUUGUAGUAUUUUGCCACAGACAAAAGCAAAAUUGUACAUAAAAUCCAUUUGAACAUACCUCAGCUUUUCAAAUGAACUGUUGUAUUCUUUUGUAUGUACAGUACAUACUUGCUUUUGUGUAGUCCUGUAAAUAUAAUAAAUGUUUUGAAUCAG